AUACAGUUCAUGUCAGCAAUGUUCACUCUUCAUACAUUGAGAUAACAGGCCAAAUUAUGUCUCUGAAUGUUUUUGUCUGAAUGGAAAGUAUACUGCAAGAAAGUACUAGUGGAAGUUACUGACUUUAUUUUUAUCAGCCGUAGACACACUAACCUACUGAGCUACCAGCUAUAUAAGUGGUUAGAUUUAAAAGUCUUUUGUAGAUGUACUGUAAGACUGUAGAAGUUGGUUCUGUCUUAAUUUUGUUGCUGGUGCUGACAGAUCGUGUCAUCAGUUACAAUUGCAGUUACAACCCUUGUAACACAAGUCCAUAUAGAAAGGACACCGAUGGUCUAACCUCAUUGGUAGACAAGAAAACCAUAAAUGUUCCAAUAGCGACCUUCAGCUGUAGUCCAGCAGAUAAAAAGCACAGGGUUAAGCUUACCUGCAGAUCUGAGGAUUAUCAAGUGAAGGGAACGACAGAGUCCACCUGUAAUGAUAAACAAUCCAAAUGGGAACCGGCCUUACCUUCAGCCUGUGUUCCCAAACCAAAAGUGGCUGCGAAGGAUAAUAAAUGGGUGUACAUAGGCGGUGGAUUGGGCGGUGGUGUCUUAGCCAUAAUUGUGGUGGUUGUCAUCGUAUCUAUCAUCUGCUACAAGUCCAAACUCAGGUCUGAGAAAGCUAGAAAAGAAAUGAAAAUGAAAAGAUUUGGCUCACACACACUAGGCCCUAAUGGAGAACGUUUGUUUAGUAAUGGAAAUCUGCAUGAUAUUGACACCAGUCUUCAUAAAGUUUGGACGUGUAAAAGAACACGAAAGAAGUUUUUCAAUGCAGAUACAUUGAGUGAACUGGUGACCAAAGCUGGUUCAGAAUAUGGUUGCCAAGGUAACGUCCGAUUGGUUCUGGAGGAAGAUGGCACACAGGUGGAUACGGAUGAGACUCUACAAGCAUGUGCAGGAAAAGUCAUGUUGGUGCUGGGGGGAAAUCAGAUUUGGCAACCCGAGAUCGAGCUGUAUGACAAUGAAUCAUACAGACUUACAUUCGAUGUGUGUUCAUAUGAUCGAAAAGACAGAAAAUUAAUUCUAGCUGACUGUAUAAAAGACCUUAAAUAUCAAGGAUCGUCCAGCUUCGGUUAUUCUGUGACAUCAGUGUGUUUGGAGGAGGACGGUACAUUUAUUGACAAUGACAGGACACUAUGCUCAUGCUCCAUGAGAACUCUCAUGCUUCUUGGCGCCGAGCAUGUGUGGAAGGGUUCUCCUGGUAGUAUGGCAAUGUCAAUGUAUAGAGAUAUCUCACCACACCCAGAAAGCAACAGCGAGCAGCCAGAAAUGGGGAUGUUCAAAGUGUGGUCCGGAGACCGGAGAAUUAAGAAAGUAGUGUUUGCAGAAAAUGUUAUUGAUCUCCAUAUCAAAGCAUCAAAAGCCCUUGGACUUCAGACUCCAGUGGUUAUCACAUUGGAAAACAACGAAACAUUUGAAAUUACAGAUGACAAUGUCCUCAAAGAAAAUAGUGGGAAAAUACUCAUUGUCCGAGAAAUGGUUACAGAGACCAGUUUUAAUGAUCCUGUCUACCAUGAACCGACAGGACAGCACCAACAACUAUCCUGGGCUGGGCACCAAACUGACUCUGUGAACUAUAACGAUCGUGCUUUCAACAAUGAUAUGUAUAGAGUGCAGAAUCCUUCAGUAAAACAAUCUUACACUAAAAGUUUCAUUUCCAGUGCUUCAUACCGAGCAUAGCAAGGACAGGAACCGUUGGAAAAGUGACGAUUAUCAGUAAAAAUGCUAACAUUGAUUUAGAACUGCUACAAGUACAUGUACAUUUUUUUUUUUUACAAAAGGACUCAUUUUUUGUUUAAAAGCCAAGGAAAGAAGAUUGUGUGUUUCACUUACUUUAUUGUAUACAAUAAGUUUGGCAGUAUAAAAGAAUAUUCAGAACUCA